AUGGAAGCCAUGUGCCAUGGAGGAGGCAUUGUCCAAGCCCUAACCACUCAUGUGUACGGAAAUGAAACUCAGACGUUGGUUCUUGCUCAUGGGUUUGGUGCAGACCAGACAAUUUGGCACUUCCUCAUCCCGUUUCUUGCAUGCUACUUCAAGGUUGUGGUUUUUGACUCGGUUUACUCUCCAAAUGUUGAUCCCAAACUCUAUGAUCCGAAAAGGUACUCGAACUUCAGUGCUUACGCAGAAGACCUGCUCUGCCUUCUUGAUCAUCUCAAUGUUAAAAGGACUGUAUAUUUGGGCUCCAUGGCUGCCAUGGUUGGAUGUAUCGCUUCUGUUCAAAGACCACAACUCUUCCAGCACCUUAUCCUACUAAGUGGCUCUCCCAGGUACCUCAACACCACAGCAUACACCGGAGGCUUCACCAGACCACAACUGGAUGCGCUCUUCAACCAAAUAGGGAACAACUUCACAAGUUGGGUUCCAAGUUUUUCCCCAACACCAAUAGGUGUAAACGACACAAGUGCGAUCACCGAGUUCGAAAACAGCUUGGGAAGAAUGAACCCUAGGAUUGCUGUAAGGGCAGCUAGAGUUGUGUUUCUGAGCGACCUCAGAAGAAUUUUGCCACAAAUUAUUGUUCCUAAUAGCAUAAUCCAGUCCAGAAAAGAUUUUAUCGUUCCGAAAUCGGUUGCAUUUUACAUGAAGAAGAAGCUUGGUGGUCCUGCAGAAGUCAAGAUCCUAAACACAGAAGGCCAUUUUCCUCAGUUGACAGCUUACCUUCUGCUCUUAAAAGUUCUCCAAAAACUUCACAUCAAACAGAUAUGCAUACAUAGAAAAGGUUUAAGAGAAGGGAUCCUAUUAGCCAAAUCGGAAAUGUUUAAGACAUCUAAUUGA